ACUACGGAUAACGUUAAAGGGUUAACGUUUUAAGGAAGUUGCUUCAUAACGGAAACCCCAGUUUCAGUCUACUCACCUAUUCAUUUCAGUAAAAUUGUCCAGGGCGAUUUAAAUUUCACUGACAGUAGUGUAGGAUACUCAUCCACAAAAAUAUAUAUUUUAAUGUAAUGUAGCCUAUUUUUAUCUGUUGUAAUAUAAUAGUAACAUCGCCUAAUUAUUCAAAUACAAUUCGCAGUAAAAUAUUAAGUUGUAUCCACUGAAAAUGAGUAACAGUGUUACAACGUCGUCAACAUUUGUUCGGAACCUCAGUCAUGGCACACUUCGGAAACUGGCUGACUUCUUGGACCCUCUCGACACCUGGAAGACUAUUCUCGUGGACAUACAGAACAAAUCCACGGGCAAGCUGAGAUACACACAGUUACACCUAAAGAGGUUCGAGGGAUUGAUAGUAAAAGGAAAAAGCCCCACCGUGGAGCUCCUUUACGACUGGGGCACAACCAACGUCACUGUAGGCGAAUUGGUGGACAUUUUAGUCAGACACAGGUUAUUUGCCCCAGCUACUGUUCUUCUUCCCGAGGUGACUAGGCCAGUUGAAGCAGAAACAGCACUUGUAAGCCAGGACACAGUGGCCUUGGAAAGUACAAAGGAAAUAUCUGUUGAUCCAGGUCCCUUUCCCUCAGGUUUCUGUAGGUUCUCCUACCAUGAGCUCAUGAGAAUUACAGGGAACUGGGAUGACCGGCCAACAUCCAUGGGAGGGAAUAAACUAGGCGAAGGGGGCUUUGGCACUGUCUACAAAGGCUGCUUAAAGAACACACAUGUGGCUGUGAAGAAACUCAACAUAUUGGAUGACAUCUCACUAGAUGAGCUGCAGAUUCAGUUUAAUCAGGAGAUUCAAGCUCUAAUGGUGUUGAAGCAUGAUAAUCUGGUAAACAUGGUUGGAUUUUCAUGUGAUAGUGAACAUCCUUGUUUAGUGUAUGCCUACAUGCCUAAUGGAUCAUUGCUGGAUCGGUUGGCCUGCUUGGAUAAUACCCCACCUCUCUCGUGGCAUAAAAGGUGCAUAAUAGCUGCUGGAACAGCAAAGGGCCUGGAAUUUCUGCACAGCAAUCAUCAUGUACACAGAGAUGUCAAAAGCGCAAAUAUUUUGCUGGAUGAGAAAUUUGUGGCAAAGAUUUCAGACUUUGGGUUGACACGAGCCUCAGCGAAGCACACGUCCUCCACAGUGAUGACGGAGAAGGUGGUCGGGACAACAGCUUACAUGGCACCAGAGGCCCUGAGGGGCGAGAUCACCCCUAAGUCAGACAUCUACAGCUUUGGAGUGGUGUUGUUGGAAAUAAUAUCUGGACUCCCACCAGUUGAUGAGGAACGUAAACCUAAAUUUCUUAUGGAGGUGAAGGAUGAGAUUGAAGAUGAGGAGAUGGAACUGGAGGACCUGGUAGAUAAGAAAAUGGAUAGCGUCGACUUGACCUCCUUGGAGAAGAUCUUUGGCCUGGCUUGCCACUGUCUAAAUGACAAGAAGCUCAAGCGACCAGGCAUGGGAGAGGUGUUGAAAAAGCUGAAGGAUGAGGUCAUUGUGGACUGAAAAAGCCAGCAGGAGUUGAAAAAAAAUAUUAUAAAUAUAUAUAUUUUUUUAAAUAUAUUAUAAAUAUAAAGAUAUUAAGUGGUAUAAUGUAGCCUGUGUCAUGGUGGCACAUUCAUUUUGUAAAUAAAAAUAUACAUUUUCAA